AUGAAACUUUUAUUUCAUUUAACAAAGAGCAUGCUUUGUUUUGUGACCAACACUUUGCUGUUAAUUUUAUUAACAACUAAAACCAAUGCCGCGACAUCAUGUAGUAGUGGGCAAUAUCUUUCUGGAACAACUUGUUAUUCUUGUCGAGCGGGUACUUAUUCCUCGGGUGGUACAACGAUAUCGUGUACUUCAUGUCCCUCUGGCUCGUAUUCAGGCUCUGGUGCUUCAUCAUGUACAAAGUGUUCUCCUGGAUAUUUUGCGUCAAGCUACGGGUCAUCAUCGUGUACAAAGUGUUCUGCUGGUAAAUACGCUUCGGGUACUGGGUCUACUUCAUGUUCAAAUUGUGCAGCGGGAACGUAUUCUGGUACUGGUGAUUCUUCAUGUACAAAAUGUAGUGCGGGUUAUUAUUCUGGUACUGGAGCUUCUACGUGUAUCGUUUGUUCAGCUGGUACAUAUUCAUUAUCCGGGUCUUCCAAAUGCACAAAUUGUAAUGCUGGUACCUUUUCGUCAUCAAAUGGAGCUUCUACAUGCUCAACUUGUUUUGCUGGAACUUAUUCUUCUUCGGGAUCGACAAGUUGUACACAAUGUACUGCUGGAACAUAUUCAAGUAGUACUGGAGCAGCAUCUUGUAAACCAUGUAAUGCUGGGUAUUAUUCGGAUAAUGGAGCAGUUACAUGCACUGGGUGUACUGGUGGGUAUUAUUCGGUAUCUCUUGGCAGUGCAAAAUGCACAACGUGUGCUGCAGGAACACGCUCUGAAUACCCAACGUCAUCAACAAAAUGUGUGACGUGUGGUCGAGGAACAUAUUCGAGCAGCGGAAGUGCUUAUUGUACUGAUUGUAGAGCAGGAACUUAUGCAGAUGAACAAGCAAGUUCGUCGUGUAAAACGUGUGCGGAUGGGUUUUAUUCGACAACUGGAAGUUCGACGUGUGUACAAUGCGUUUCCACGAGUUGUAAAGCGUGUUCAAUAACGACGGGGGAGUGCACUUCAUGUAAUGUUGGCUAUUCGUACGAUUCGUCAAAUAAGAACUGUUCGAUGUGUCCCGCAUCGUAUUAUUCGAGUGGUGGAACUUCGUUGUGUUCAAAGUGUGCAACUGGCUAUUACUCACUCGGUGGUUCAAGUGGGUGUAUAAAGUGUUCUACAAGUUGCAAAACGUGCGACCAAACAAAUGGAAAUUGUUUAUCUUGUUAUGACGGAUAUUUUAUGAAUGGUAAAAUGUGUGACACAUGCUCGGCUGGCACGUACCAAAGUGGUGGAAGUUGUGUAACGUGUCCCGACAUGCAAUACUCGUUGGCGGGAAGCACAACGUGCAAAAGUUGCAGUUCGACGUGUUUGAAUUGUGAUAAGACAAAUGGGUAUUGCACGUCGUGUGAGUCGGGUAUGGGAAUUACAACAAAUACAUGUUCUGUUUGCAGUGCUGGUACAUACAGUGUUGCAAAUAAAUGUGAGAAGUGUUCAUUUGGGAUGUACUCAUCAUCACCAAAAAGUUUGCAAUGUUCUACAUGUGCAGAUGGGACUUAUGCCAGCACAACAGGAUCAACAAGUUGCAAAACGUGUAAUGUUUUGUGUCAAGGGCCAUGUGAAAGAACAAGUGGCAAGUGUGUAGCCUGUGUGAGUGGUGCUGUUUAUUUGAAUGGAGUGUGUUCACUGUGCAAUUCAGGAACAAUGGCAAAUCAAACAACAAACAAUUGUGACACAUGCAAGGCGGGUACUUAUGCUGGUGAAGGCUAUUCUGAGUGUAAAAGUUGUGGAGAAAUGACAUACUCAACUGCUGGUUCACCAUCUUGUCAGCAAUGUGACAGUAAAUGUGAUGGGUGUGAUGCGACGAAUGGGUAUUGUGUCAAUUGUGUGAUUGGGUAUGGUCUUGCAUCUGGAAAGUGUGCCAUAUGUCCAAAGGGGACUUACUACAUGAGUUCUGUGUGUCAGAGUUGUGGUGAGAUGGCGUACCAAGAUGUUGUUGGACAAACCACAUGCAAGUUGUGUGACUCGUCGUGUGCAAGUUGCAAUGCAACAGAUGGUAAAUGUCUCACAUGUGCUGCUGGAUAUGGCUUUUACAAUGGAGUGUGUACGUUGUGUGGCGACCUCACAUACUCAGAAGGCGGCGUUUUGCAGUGCCAACAGUGUUCAACUGAAUGUAAAAAGUGUGACAGAAAAAGUGGUGCAUGCACAUCGUGCGAAGUCGGCAACAAGAGAGUUGACAACAGCUGUGUGUCGUGUGCUCCAUCUGGAUACUGCGAUUUAUGCACAGACGAGACAUCAGAUGGUAUUUGUGUAUCAUGUGAAGAUGGAUUUUAUUUGAAUGAAAGUGUCGACUGUCAACCAUGUGGUGAUAUCCACAACGACUGUCUGACGUGUUCAAAAACAACGAAACUGUGUCUGUCGUGUGCGGGCAAUAUGAUAUCAACUGGCACCAGUUGUGUUGCAUGUGAAGUUGGGAUGGUCAAAGUCACAGAAACGAUGUGCAACUACUCGUACAAUGUCAUCCCAAAGUGUCAGAUUGCAGACUAUGUCAAUAAUCAACACAUUUGCACCACAUGUUUUGCGCCAUACGUCACUUCAAUUGACUUGAAGGCGUGCAAUUUGGGAUACACAACUACAACAUACUUCAACAUAGAUGAUCACCAAUCACACACCAACAUGGUUGGGUGCAUCAACCAAAUCGAUACAACGUGUUACUUGUGUGAUACAACGAUGCUGUUAAACGGAGUUUGUAAUGAAAUGAAUGAGAAGUGUGAGACAUACUCGCAACACGGCUGCGACAAAUGUGUUUCAGAUGUGAUCACAUCGAAUAAUAACUGUGUUGUUAACACAAAUUGUAAAUAUGAAAUCAACAGAGAAAGUGGCACCGAGUGUUUGUAUUGUGUUGAUGACGUGUUGUGUGGCAAAGCAAAACAAAAUUGUGGAAUAUCACACAACGAGUAUUGUUACUUGGCAGUGAGUGGAUAUCACACAACAAACAACAACACCGUUGAACGGUGUGAGAGUGAAGUGUGUGUCGUUUCAAAUGGAGUUAUCACUAUUUUGAAAUGUAAAGAAAACAAAUUGUUGAUAGAUGGUGUGUGUACAACUAAUGCGAUGUGUAUAGUAAUGUCGUAUGGUGAUUGUAUCAAGUGUGAUGCAAAACAACACAUCUCACAUGGUAUGUGUUCACAAAACAAUCCAAAUUGUGACAACCAAAAUGGAGAUAUUUGCAUUGUGUGUGACAACACCAUCAACGUUGACGGUGUGUGCACAGACACCCAGUCAAUUCAUUGCAGUUCAUUUGACAAAGUGUGUGUCACAUGUGAGAGUGGUUAUUACAAAGACGUUGAUGGCUGCAAAGAUAAAACUGGUGCGUUGUCUUAUUGCGAUGUUGUCUCGUCACUCAACACCAAAUGUGUCGAGUGUGAGUCCGAUUACAACUUUGAUGGAAUUUUGUGUGUGCCACAAACACUUCCAAAUGAGACCACCAAACAAACAACUAAAAACGAAGACACACAGACAGACAGCCACUGUGAAGUGAGCACCACAAAGGGGUGUCUGAGGUGUUUGAGUGGGUAUUACCUCGCAGACCGGAUGUGUGUGAAGUGUGAGUACCCCUGUGUCUACUGUUCAAAUCAAACAUUCUGCACAAAGUGUGACGACUACUCGUAUGCAAACAGCAACGGCGUUUGCACCGAAAUAAACGACCUUGUCAGUGUGUGUGACGUGUUGAUGUCAACAUAUCGCGGGUGUGUAGUCUGCAAGGAGGGGUACCUGCGGUCAUCUGAUGGGUCAACGUGUAUUAGUUGCGAUGAUUCGUGCAAGUCGUGCACAAACGAAGGGAACUGUGUUGUGUGCAAUGAGGCAUUUUAUCGUACGUCAUCAAAUGUCACCAAAUUGUGUUCGCCACAAAGCGAGUUGACUUCGUGUGCUAACAAAACAACAGCUGGUUGUGUGCUAUGCGAAGGUGGACACUAUCUUUCCAACAAUUUGUGUGUGAAGUGUCAAGACACGUGUACACAAUGCAAUGGUAUCGAUGAGUGCACUGACUGUGUGAAAGACAAUGUACUUGUGUCAGGUGUCUGUUCACACUACACAGCCAUCGAGAACUGUGUUGAUUCUGCCAACAACAAAUGUUCAAAAUGUGAUGACAACUACAAGUUGAGUGACGACAUGUUGAGUUGCAUUCACACAACAAAUUACGGCGUUGUAGUUGGCAUUCCAAUCGUCUCCGUGUUCAUUAUAGUACUCAUUAUCAUUAGUAUUAUAGUAAUUAUAAUAGUCGUAUUACAAAAGCGCAAAGAAACAAAGAAAAUGGAGAAUGUUUGUGUCUUUGAGAUGAGUCGUUCAAACAUCGCAAUGAGUGUGUUAAAUGACAACAUUUUAACCAACAAAAAAUCGCUGACAUUUGAUGACACCAGUGAAGUCAUUCCCGUUGAAAAAGAGUCGCGUGAACUCCUCUGUGUUGGCAACAAAGGCAAAGGCAUUUUGAAAGUCCAAAUCACAACACGUGGUGGCUGCGACAAAUACUCAAUUCGCACAGAGCCGCAAUUGGUGACUUUGAAGAAAGGCGAGGCGUGUGAAUUUGAAAUAUUUGUGACGCCACACUGCACUAUGAAAUUACACGACGAGAUGAUGAUAGUCACCAUGGACAUAUUAAACAGUGAGACCACCACGCUGUCGAUACCAAUCAUAUUAAACACUGAAAACUCGACGAAAUUGGAUUACGACGAGUUGAAAGAAGACAAGAAACUUGGCGAAGGUUCGUUUGGAAUUGUCUACAAAGGGACUUACAGAGGAAAUGUUGUUGCUAUUAAAAAGUUGAAAGAAGUUGGAGACAACAAAGGGUCGAUGGAAGAAUUUGAGAAUGAAGUAUCAAUGUUGGACAAAUUCCGAAGUGAGUAUAUCGUCCACUUCUAUGGCGCUGUUUCUAUACCAAGUAAAGUGUGUAUGGUCACCGAAUUUGCUCAAUAUGGAAGUUUGAACGACUUGAUUAAAAAGACGACACAAGAGAUGCCACGAUUUGCAGUGCGAGUCAAGUUGAUGUUAGACGCAUCAAAAGGCAUUUCAUAUUUACAUGAAAAUAACAUUUUACACAGAGACAUCAAACCAGACAACUUCUUGGUGUUUUGCAUAGACAAUUCAAUGAACGUGUCAGCAAAAUUGACUGAUUUUGGGUCAUCACGAAAUGUCAACAUGUUGACGACUAACAUGACAUUCACAAAAGGAAUUGGAACACCAAAGUUCAUGGCACCUGAAGUACUUGAAAGAGAGAAAUAUAAAAAGCCAGCUGAUGUCUAUUCAUUUGCGAUGACUAUGUAUGAGGCAUUCACAUGGGACUUUGCAUUCAAAAAUACGGAUGUACAAUUCAAACACGCAUGGAGUAUAGCAGAUUUCACAUCGAGCGGAAAACGACUGCAAAUACCAACAUCGGUACCAGAGGAACUUAGCAUUCUUAUCCAACAAAGUUGGGAACAUAACCCCAAAAAGAGACUUGAAAUUAAUAAUGUCACUCAAAAACUUGAAGAGUUUUAUAAAACAAUUAAUUAA